AUGAACAACCCCUUCGCGCCCUCGACCUCGCGCCCCGGCCACGGCGCCAUCGUCCUCCGCCGCCUCGCCGCCUCCGCCCCCGUCCUACAAACCCUCUCCUACCAAUACCCGCUCAAGCUGAUAGCGCCCGCGCCCGCCGUCCUCACCACCGCCACCAAUGCCAAUGCCACCUGCGACAAUGACAGCCCCACCACCGUCCACACAAUCUUCCUCCUAAGCUACGGCGGCGGUCUCGUCUCGGGGGACGUCGUAAACCUAUCUAUAACGCUCGACACGCACGCCCGGCUCGUCCUGCUCACCCAGGGCAGCACCAAGGUCUUCCCCGGCGCGCGGCGCAGCGCGCAGAGCAUGGACGUGCGGCUGGCGCCCGGCGCUGCGCUGCUCUACCUCCCUGAUCCCGUGCAGCCGUACGCGGGGAGCGCGUUUGCGCAGGAGCAGAUUUACACGCUGCUGCCUGGCGAUGGGGAUGGUGCCAGUGGUGGUGGUGCGAGCGCAAACCUCUGCGUCUGCGACUGGGUCUGCGAGGGCCGGAGCGCGCGAAAUGAGUCCUGGGGGUUUGAUGGCUAUGCUAGCAGGAACGAGGUGUAUCUCGGCGCGAGCAAUGCGAGUGCAGCAAGCACACGCAAGCGCCUCCUCCUCCGCGACAACCUGCUCCUGGCCCCGCACAGCCACGACACCAGUGCAGGAGGCAUCGCCAGCCGGAUGGACGGGCUCGGCGUGUACGGCACGCUGAUCAUACGCGGCGGGCUGUUCGCCUCUCUCGGCGCGUACUUCAUGGACGAGUUUGCAGCGAUGCCUAGGCUUGGGGGACGGGGGUGGGAGGGUGGUGAUAGUAGUGACAAAGUAGGUAAAGAAGCCACACGCGUAGCACGGCACGCGCAAGAACAGCGCGACAGCGUCAUCUGGACCGCAGCGGCAGUGCGCGGCUUCGUGCUCGUCAAGUUCGGCGCAAGGGAGGUCGAGGGCGCGCGCGUCUGGUUGGGCGGCAUGUUGAGGGCUGAGGGGACCGUGGAGCGCGAGUUUGGCGAGGGGGCGCUGCUGUGUUUGCGCUGA